AUGUCUUCAAGCACAGCUGGAAAGGGCGCCGUUGCCUGGGAGGCUGGCAAGGACCUGUCUAUCGAGGACAUCGAAGUUGCCCCUCCAAGAGCACAUGAAGUCCGCAUUCAGAUUAUGCACACUGGUGUCUGCCACACUGCAGAUGCCUACACACUCUCCGGAAAAGACCCCGAGGGUGCUUUCCCCGUCGUCCUUGGCCAUGAGGGUGCUGGCAUUGUCGAAUCCGUUGGAGAGGGUGUGACCAACGUCAAGCCUGGCGACCAUGUUGUUGCUCUCUACACUCCCGAAUGUAAGGAAUGCAAGUUCUGCAAAUCUGGCAAGACCAACUUGUGUGGCAAGAUUCGAGCCACACAGGGCAAGGGUGUUUUACCUGACGGCACCAGUCGAUUCAAGUGCAAAGGAAAGGAUCUUCUGCAUUUCAUGGGCACCUCCACAUUCAUCCAGUACACCGUCGUCGCUGAUAUCUCGGUCGUUGCCAUCACCGAAAAGGCUCCUUUUGACAGAGCUUGUCUGUUAGGCUGUGGUAUCACAACCGGAUACGGUGCAGCAACCAUUACCGCCAACGUUGAGGCGGGUUCCAAUGUCGCCAUCUUCGGCGCGGGGUGUGUUGGUCUCUCAGUCAUCCAAGGAGCUGUCAAGAACAAAGCUGCUAGAAUCAUCGUCGUUGAUGUCAAUGACAAGAAGGAAGAGUGGUCUAAGAAGUUCGGUGCCACUGAAUUUGUCAAUCCUACCAAAUUGAAUGGCAAGAGCAUCCAGGAGCACCUGGUUGACAUUACCGACGGUGGUCUCGAUUACACUUUUGACUGCACUGGUAAUGUGGGUGUCAUGAGAGCAGCCCUGGAGGCAUGCCACAAAGGCUGGGGCCAGUCAAUCAUCAUUGGUGUUGCCCCUGCUGGUGCGGAAAUUUCAACCCGACCCUUCCAGCUCGUCACCGGCCGCGUAUGGAGAGGUUGUGCCUUUGGCGGUGUAAAGGGCCGCAGUCAGUUGCCUGGUCUUGUCCAGGACUAUCUGGAUGGCCAACUCAAAGUUGAUGAGUUCAUUACCCACCGACAGCCUCUGGACAAGAUCAACGAAGCCUUCCACGAUAUGCACGCAGGAGACUGCAUUCGCUGUGUGGUGGACCUAGGCCACAAAUAG